GCUCAAAGACACAAAACAAACAAAACAACAAAGAAACACAAACACAAUAAUUAUUGUCCGGAGCUAUGAAUGUCAGAAGAUGUCAAAUCUUACUUUAUGAUGUAGAAAAAUACACGACAGAAAUCAGAGAUAAAGGACGAACAAACAACUUGAAUUUAAACCUGCAUAGUAAUUACAUUUCUCAUUCAUUGCCCUCUUUUAACAAAGGAAAAAAAUGUAAUUUAUAACCAAAAAUAAAAGUGUAACCAAACAAGUGUUCGUUUGUGGGUGCACGCAUGGGUACCCCCAGAAAAACUGUCUUGUGUUUUGUCAAGCCGGUUUCAUUAACGACUUAAAGAUGCCUGAGGGCAUGACUGCGUCCUCCCAAACGCCAGUGGUCAGUCCAGGUAAAAAAAAAAAACAACGAUUACGUCAAGUUUAACAAGGACAAACUUCUCAAAAACUCUCCUCCUUUAUCUACAAUCAGACGAGGGCUCGCAGUUUUGUCACGUGGGGAUUUUCUUUGUCGAACCCCGAAUGGUAUUAAAUUUGAGUUCGGCGACGACCCAUUUCAAUUUGCCUUUUCUUCGUCUACGAGAGAGCACUGCUUAAAACCCAGUGGUUGCAACAAAUUGUCAACUGUGUUUUGUGACUUCAAGUACAUAUGUUUCUAUAUUUCUCGGAGUAUUAUCGUUGUGCUCACAAAGUGACUAAGUAACCAUUCAUGGAUUCCCCCGUGCACGUGGUGAACACUUAAGAAGUGUAGAUUUGUUUUGGUUGGCGAUCAAGCAUUUUCUGUUUUUACUUUUUGGACUUGUGAAGAAAAUUAGUUUCUUGACUGUGUUACACUAGGCCCUUAAUAGGAAUUUUUAUCAAGCAGUGGUGCAUAAUGGGCAUAUAGAUAUUUGUGGCUUUCGUAUUUAUUUUAUUUUUAUUCAACCUGAUACGUUUUAUUGUUGGUGCCUAUAGCUUCAGUAUGUCAGUUACGUUCAGUCUUCGUCCACCAGAGUAUGAGACUCAUUCGGUGAAUGUAUCAAGGGCGCUUGGUGUUAUUGAAGACCGUGUUUUAGAGAACGGUAGCUCUUCGCAGGUUGUUCUAGCGACAGAUAUGAACAAUCAGGACAAGAAAAUAGCUCUGAAAAAGCUGCUUCUUGUCGAGGAUAUGGCAGCCAAGGAUAAAGAAUUGAAAUGGGCAUGUUUCCUCAACGAGAUCGAAAUCGCACAAGACCUCCAUCAUCCAAACAUCGUCCGUCUAGAGAAAGCGGUCUGCUGUCCAGAGGCACUGGUCAUCGUAAUGAAGGUAUAUCCCGUUGAUCUUUUCGACGCUCUUCCCCAUAUCAAGGACGCUGAUGUGCCUCGAUAUUUCCGCCAGAUCACAGGAGCUAUGCACUAUCUUCACCAACGUCGAAUAGUGCACGGAGACUUGAAACUGGAGAACGUUUUGUUAAGUUCAAGCAGAGAGGCCGUAUUGUGCGACUUUGGUCUCUCACAGUCAAUUCCAGAGCACACAACAAGCUCACCUCAGUGGGGAGGCACUUCGCCCUAUUGGGGACCUGAAUACGUCAGAGGGGCCGCCGUUGGUGACGUCUACAAACUGGAGAGUUUCGCUUUAGGCGUUCUUCUGGUUGCACUGCUGCUCCGCAUAGAUCCCGAGCCAGACACAGACUACCUGCGGCUGCUGAAAGAAGCAGAAUCAGUUCCUCAGCCGUACAGAGAGUAUGCAGAACGUCUCCUCCAUCCUUCACCGCCAGAACGAGCCUCGGUUACACAAAUCCAUGAACUCCUGUGUUCCCAAGAUUCUCAAGAAUAAACAAAACGUAUCCGCCAUGACAUCCCGUCCCUUCUCCUGCCCUUGUGCCGUCCACGUACCC